AUGACAUUCGAGUCGGACAGCGGCGUCGCGAUCGAAAAGAACGUCAACAAUGAGGUCUCCGAUGCGCCGAACGGGAUUGUCAAGGAUUGGGAUGCUGAAGAGGGACCAUUGCGGCGCAAAAUCGAUUGCAUCCUCCUCCCUAUCCUCGGAAUCGCCUUUUUCUCCCUCCAGAUCGACCGCAUGAACAUCAGCGCCGUCUUGACAUCGACGAUCACCGAUGACCUAGGCAUCACCACGAAUCAGGUUAAUGUCGGAUCGCAAUUACUGUCCGCCGGAAUCGUCGUGACGGAAAUACCAUCGAAUAUCUUCGCGUGGGGGUUGGUCGCGACGUUCCAGGCGUUUAUACAGUCAUACCCCGCGUAUUUGGCUACGAGGUUGCUUUUGGGGAUGCUGGAGGGUGGGUUUAUACCCGGAGCGCUUUACUAUCUUUCGACGUGGUAUAAGCGCGAUGAGACGAGUUUUCGGGCGACGCUUUUCUUCUUCGGGCAGAUGCUCGCUGGUUUGUUGACUCUUGAUGGGAAGGGGGGAUUAGCGGGUUGGCGAUGGGUGUGGUUGGCCGGAGACGGUAGACCGCUUAUCAGCAUGGGCCGCUGGAGCUACUUCACCGAGCGCGAAUCGCAAGUCAUCCGUGACCGCGUCAUCCUCGACGACCCGCUAAAAGUGCAGGGCCAUAUCAAAAUCACCGGCCGCGAUAUCUGGGAUACGAUCCGGAAGCCAAACGUGAUACAACACUUUAUGGUCUCGCUCGUCGCCAUGUCUGCAUACCAGGGUCUGACGCACUAUACGCCCAGUAUGAUCAAGUCAUUCGGUUUCGACAGCGUGGAUGCAAAUGCACUAGCUUCAGUACCGGUGUAUUGCAGUAUGGUCUGGACGUUGGUGCUGGCGUAUCUAUCUGACUGGCUCGGGCACCGAGGUCCAUUCAUGUUACUGGCUAUUACGUGGGAUGUCAUUGCAUACCCAUGUCUGCGGACGACGCCGUGGGAUUCGUCGCAGUGGCAUAAAUAUGGUGUUAUUUGUGUGGCUAAUGUGGCGUAUAUCAGCAUGCACAUCCUAAACGUCGGCUGGCUAUCCGUCUACUGCGAGCGUCCUCAAGAACGGAGUGUAGCCAUGGCGGUAAUCGUCAUGGCCGCCAAUUGUGCAGGUAUCUCCGGCUCGCAGAUCUUUCGCACGAGUGACAAGCCGCGGUAUAUAUAUGGGUUGACGGCGAUUUGUGCACUGGCGGGGGCAGCGUUGGUGUUGGCCGCGGUAUUGAAUUUGUAUUACUUUUUUAGGAAGAGGGGGAAAUUGGCCAGGAAAUCGGGGUCAUGA